AAAUUUAGGAAGGGACGAUCGAGGUGAGUGCCACUGUUAAGUAUGGAUGUUUCCAGCCGAGCGCUGUGGAGAAAAUCGUAUCUUCUUCCUUCAGUUCUCUGCUCUCACUGUAGCGGCAUUGUGCCCUUUCGUUGGGUCACCAAAAGAACGGUUCGGAUGGCUUCCCUUUCAUCCAGCGCCGCUCAGUCCGCCGCCAUCCCAGAUGCCGCCGCUUCGUCCUCCGCCGCCACCCAUGGCGCUCCUUCGUCCUCCGCAGCUACCGAUGCGGCCGCUUCCUCCUCCUCCUCCUCCUCCGAGGCUUCUGCUUCCUCUGCCAUCGGCUUCCUCUCACUCUGCCACCGCCUUAAGACGACAAAGAGGGCUGGAUGGGUGAGGAAGGGAGUUCGGGAGCCGGAAUCAGUGGCGGACCACAUGUACAGAAUGAGCGUGAUGGCUUUAAUAGCCGACUAUAGCCCCGAUAUUGAUCGGGAUAGGUGUAUUAAGAUGGCCUUGGUGCACGACAUCGCAGAAGCUAUUGUUGGUGAUAUCACCCCAUCAGAUGGUGUUCCAAAAGAUGAGAAGAGUCGAAGAGAGAGAGAAGCAAUAAAUCAUAUGUGCAACUUACUUGGAGGAGGAUCUAGAGCCAAAGAGAUGCUUGAGCUGUGGAUGGAGUAUGAAGAAAAUUCUUCUCUAGAGGCAAAAGUUGUUAAGGAUUUUGAUAAGCUGCAGGAAAGUUUCAAACUGAUGUUGGCAAAGCUUGGGCAUUGGAAAUCACAUCAAGGAGGAGGAAAAAGCAAGAAUAACUCUAUAUAUGUUUGUAGGAAUUGUCACCAGUUGAAGCUCUUAGGUUGAUGUGAAACUCAUUAAGCAUUUAUUUGGGGUGUCUGCAGUUAUUUUUUUAAAUUAUGAUGUAAUUUCUUUGAAAUGUAGAGGAUAGAACUGUAAAAUUUUGAAUUUAGAAACCAUGACUUAUUUCAAGUAGCUA